UCCCAACAAUCAACUAUGCAGUUCCUACCCGCCCUCAUCAGCCUAUUGGCUUGCCUUUCUUUUGCUACGCGCAUAGCUGCCAGCUCACACGGGGCCGACCCCAGCCCGCUUUCCAAAGUUUUUAUAAUGAAGAAAGAAAUGGACUAUUCCCAAGGCUCUUUGCACGUCUACGCCGCAGACGGCACCAUUGUCUACCGUUUCCUCAGGACCAUACAAGACCCUAUCACAGGCUUCACUACAGUUUUCCUCGAGAGUUCACCUUCGAAAGCAUUCUUCGUAUACUUACAAUCGCCCAACAGUCUCUGUGGUCACAAAACAAACUACACCCAGUUAGAUGCCCCCGGAGCACGAAAAAUGCAGUUUACCAUUGAACCUAACAAUUUUCGCAAAGAUAAGUGGUCUUUUAGUUAUGUCGAUGGCACGGGAACGCAGCAAAACUUCAAGUUCGACAGAAACUACGCGAGCCAAGAGGGUGAAAUUCGCCACCAGAUCAAUGGUCAAGACGGCAACCUGGUAGCUGAGCUCAGGAAUCAAAAGCGGACGGAUUCCUGGCUGACUUCUAGUUCAGUAGGCGAGGUCGAUACCUACACCCUUUCUUGCACGGCCGAUUCUCCUCAGGUUGAACUGAUCCUCUUGAUGGGCCUGGUAAUCAGUCGAGUCCACGAUUGUGGAAGUUGAUGCACAUGGUACAUUCGAAUUGAUUUUAUAGCUACCUCUUCUCUUUUCCUCAAACCUCGAGUAGCUUUCCCCUUUCUAGUGCUGUUGGAUGUUUAUUGUGUCGAGCUUUCAUUUCUUUCACUUUUAACUUAACUUUCACAUUGACCAUGGAGAACAAAUUUCCUAUUGUCCGAAGCAAAGGAAUCGGGUUACAUACCAAUUAAAUUACACUUUCAGCAAAAUAAUUAGCUGGAUGGAUUGAUCUUCCG